AGAAAGUACUAAUCGUAAUAAGUACAUUUUAAAAAACAGAGAAAACUGCAACCUUUCUUUGUAAAUUGAAAAUUCGAAGUUAGAAGUUCGAACAUCUAAUUCUAACUCCGCUCUCUCUCCCAUGAUUUCCGACAAUAAACCCUAAACCAACCAGAAGAGUGAAAGAAAAAAAAAAAAGAAAAGGAAAAGACGGAAGGUCACGCGCGUCGAAAUGGAUGACUCGGAGGGAGGUCUCAGCUUCGAUUUCGAGGGCGGUCUCGAUGCGGGUCCCGCCGCGCCAACUGCCUCCAUGCCCGUUGUCAACUCCGAUCCUUCAGCCGCCGCCAACAACAACAGCAACAACAACUCCGCGGUCCCAGGCGCUGUCCCUAUUUCGACAAGUGACCCCGCCGCCGCUGUGGGUGGCGGAGGAGCUGGGCGAAGGAGCUUUCGUCAGACUGUAUGCCGGCACUGGCUCCGCAGCCUCUGCAUGAAGGGCGACGCCUGUGGUUUCCUUCACCAGUACGACAAGUCCCGCAUGCCGGUCUGCCGGUUUUUUCGGCUUUUUGGUGAGUGCCGGGAGCAAGAUUGUGUCUACAAACACACCAACGAGGAUAUUAAGGAGUGUAACAUGUACAAGCUAGGUUUUUGUCCGAAUGGUGCUGACUGCCGAUAUAGGCAUGCAAAGCUCCCAGGACCUCCACCUCCUGUGGAAGAAGUCCUGCAAAAGAUUCAGCAGUUGAGUUCUUACAAUUAUAACAAAUUUUUUCAACAAAGGAAUUCUGGCUUUGCCCAACAAACAGAAAAAUCUCAGAUUCCACAAGGACAAAACAAUGUAAACCAAGGAGCAGGUGGAAAACCUUCAACAACAGAAUCUGUUAACAUGCAGCCACAGCAGCAAGUUCAACAGCCUCAACAACAGGUCAGCCAGACCCAGAUACAAAAUAUCCCCAACAGUCAGUCUAACCAGGCAAACAAAACUGCUAUACCUUUGCCUCAAGGAAUAUCUAGGUAUUUUAUUGUUAAAAGUUGCAACCGCGAAAAUCUGGAACUAUCUGUUCAACAAGGAGUAUGGGCAACUCAAAGAAGCAAUGAGGCUAAACUGAAUGAAGCUUUUGAUUCUGCUGUAAAUGUGAUUUUGAUCUUCUCAGUUAAUCGUACUCGGCAUUUCCAGGGUUGUGCCAAGAUGACAUCAAAAAUUGGUGGAUCUGUUGCUGGAGGGAACUGGAAAUAUGCUCAUGGAACUGCACAUUAUGGACGAAAUUUCUCAGUAAAAUGGUUAAAAUUAUGUGAGCUGUCCUUCCACAAAACUCGCCAUUUGAGGAACCCCUACAAUGAGAACUUACCAGUAAAGAUAAGUAGAGAUUGUCAGGAGUUAGAGCCUUCUAUUGGUGAGCAGUUGGCCUCCUUGCUUUAUCUUGAGCCAGAUAGUGAGCUUAUGGCUAUUUCGGUGGCAGCAGAAUUAAAACGAGAAGAAGAGAAAGCAAAGGGAGUCAAUUCAGAUAAUGGAGGAGAGAACCCAGACAUUGUGCCAUUUGAGGACAAUGAAGAAGAAGAAGAGGAAGAAAGUGAGGAGGAGGAUGAAAGCUUUGGUGCUGCAGCUCAGGGAAGAGGAAGAGGUAGAGGAGUGAUGUGGCCCCCUCACAUGCCACUUGCCCGAGGUGCCAGACCCAUGCCUGGGAUGCGAGGUUUUCCAGCUAUGAUGAUGGGUGGUGAUGGCUUUUCGUAUGGACCCGUAACACCUGAUGGUUUUGGGGUGCCAGAUCUUUUUGGUGCUCCCCGUCCUUUUCCACCAUAUGGACCCAGGUUUUCUGGAGAUUUUACAGGUCCUGCAUCUGGCAUGAUGUUUCCAGGGCGACCUCCACAGCCUGGGGCUAUGUUUCCUGCUGGUGGACUUGGGAUGAUGAUGGGUCCUGGUCGUGCUCCAUUUAUGGGGGGUAUGGGGCCUACAGGUGUGAAUCCUGUCCGAGGUGGCCGCCCAGUCAGCAUGCCCCCUAUGUUUCCCCCACCCCCAGCACCUUCCUCCCAGAAUUCUGGUCGGGCAGUUAAGAGAGAUCAGAGGACACCAACCAAUGACAGAUAUAGUGCAGGAUCAGAGCAGGGUAGAGGUCAGGAAAUGGCUGGUCCAGGGGGCAGGUUGGAUGAUGAGAUACAGUAUCAGCAAGAAGGACAAAAGGCUCAUCGUGAAGAUCAGUUUGCUGCUGGAAACAGCUUCAGAACUGAUGAGAGUGAAAGUGAGGAUGAGGCACCGAGGAGGUCUAGGCAUGGCGAAGGGAAGAAGAAAAGAAGAAGCUUAGAAGGAGAUGAUGCCAAUGGUUCCGAUCACUAGAAGCGAAUGGCUCUGAAGUUGUUAGUGAUACUGCCACCAGUUAUACCUGCUCGCAACCACAAUCUCUCUACGGUGUUUCCUGCCGUUGCAGAACAUUUUUAAGAAACUGACUUUGCGUAUCUAAUAUCUUUUCAUCUCCCAAUUUGCAGUUUUGGAGAGAUGGAGAAAGACUUAGGCGCAGAUCCCUUUUUUUGUCCUUUUGGUGUAUUGUUUUUGCUCCAAAAUGCCGAAUUAUAUUGUUUAUUGUGUAUAAUCAUGCACCAGAUACUGAUGGGGAAGGGUCAUCGAUACUUGUAGCAUGAUAUAUUGUUAAGAACAGUGUUAUCCUUGGAUGUUUGUGUAAGAUUCCCUACGUACCAAAGCAAAAGGGGAAAGAAAGUGCAAGAAAAAAAAAAUGCUUUUCAUUGGAUAAA